GAGAUUUGAGAGACAAGUCUCUCUCUCUCUCUCUCUGUCUCGUUCUCGUUUUAUUAUUAAUUAAUUGAAACCUCUUCGCCGAUUGGAUCUCAAAAACAAAACCAAAACCAAAACAAACGAGAUCUGUCUCUCUUUCUGAAAGGGUUUUAGAGAGAAAGAGAGAUAUGGAGAAGAGUGUGGCGGUGGUAUUGUUGUUAAUGGUGCUGUUUGGUGCGGAUCAGGUGUGGUCGAGUGCAUCCGAUCACCGUUACAAGGAAGGAGAAGCAGUGCCUCUCUAUGCCAACAAGGUCGGCCCCUUUCACAAUCCCAGUGAAACAUACCGGUAUUUUGAUCUCCCAUUCUGCUCUCCAGAAAAUGUGAAAGACAAAAAGGAAGCUCUUGGGGAAGUGCUAAACGGCGAUCGUUUAGUGAGUGCUCCCUACAAACUUGAUUUCCGAAUUGAGAAAGAUUCAGAGCCUGUUUGCAAGAAAACACUCUCGAAGGAAGAGGUGGCUCGUUUCCGAGAUGCCGUUAACAAGGACUACUAUUUUCAGAUGUAUUACGAUGACUUGCCCCUUUGGGGUUUUAUUGGCAAGGUCGAAAAAGAAGGCAAAGAGCCAAGCGACUACAGAUAUUUUCUCUAUAAGCACAUUCAGUUCAACAUCUUUUACAACAAAGACCGCGUCAUCGAGAUCAAUGUUCAAACGGACGCACGCAAUGUCGUCGACCUCACUGAUGACAAUAAAGACGAGGUCGACGUCGAUUUCUUAUACACUGUCAAAUGGAAAGAAACAAGCGUCCCUUAUGAGAAGAGGAUGGAUAAGUACUCACAGUCUUCUUCUCUUCCUCAUCAUCUCGAGAUCCAUUGGUUCUCCAUUAUAAAUUCAUGUGUCACAGUGCUUCUUCUAACUGGCUUUCUUGCCACCAUACUCAUGCGAGUCCUUAAAAAUGAUUUUGUUAAAUAUGCCCAUGAUGAGGAAACAGCUGAAGACCAGGAAGAGACUGGAUGGAAAUACAUCCAUGGAGAUGUAUUCAGGUAUCCCAAGUACAAGUCUAUAUUUGCAGCUGCCCUUGGUUCUGGUACCCAACUGUUUACCCUUACGGUAUUCAUUUUUGUACUAGCACUUGUUGGUGUAUUUUACCCAUACAACCGAGGAGCUUUAUUUACUGCACUGGUUGUCAUAUAUGCUCUCACAUCAGGAAUUGCGGGCUAUAUUGCGACCUCCUUUUACUGUCAGCUAGAGGGAACAAACUGGGUUAGGAAUCUAAUGUUGACGGGAUGCCUCUUUUGCGGACCUCUGUUUCUUAUGUUCUGCUUCCUGAAUACUGUAGCGAUUGCUUAUAAUGCCACUGCUGCUCUCCCGUUUGGCACAAUUGUGGUGAUAGUUCUUAUAUGGACACUUGUAACAUCGCCUUUGCUGGUGUUGGGUGGGAUUGCUGGGAGGAAUAGCAAGGCUGAAUUCCAAGCUCCUGUCCGCACCACCAAGUAUCCCAGAGAGAUUCCACCUUUGCCAUGGUACCGGGGAACGAUUCCGCAAAUGGCAAUGGCAGGCUUUCUGCCUUUCAGUGCUAUCUACAUUGAACUUUACUACAUAUUUGCCAGUGUAUGGGGUCACAGGAUUUAUACCAUAUACAGCAUCUUGUUUAUUGUCUUCAUCAUUCUCCUGAUAGUUACUGCGUUCAUUACUGUGGCACUGACAUACUUCCAACUUGCUGCUGAGGACCAUGAAUGGUGGUGGAGAUCUUUUCUAUGUGGUGGAUCAACUGGCAUCUUUAUCUAUGCCUAUUGCCUGUACUACUACUAUGCACGCUCAGAUAUGUCCGGGUUUAUGCAAACCUCAUUUUUCUUUGGUUACAUGGCUUGCAUCUGCUAUGGUUUCUUCCUCAUGCUUGGAACUGUAGGUUUCCGUGCAGCUUUACUAUUUGUGCGUCACAUUUAUCGAUCCAUCAAGUGUGAGUAGAUGGUUGAUCCUCGUCAAGAGUCGUUUGCCAUGUUUUUUUCCACUUUUAUAUAGGCAAUGAAGAGAAAUUAAGUUCCAAAGGUAAUUUUGUAGCGCCUCAUGUAUUAAAAGCAGAAGCAAGGUUCGUUAGAUUUCUUGCUUCCGAAGCAGCAUAUUGGAUAACAAGUGUGCUUUUGACAGUACGGCAAAAAAGUUUGUAUCAUUACUCAAAUCAAGACUUUGCAAUACAUUCUUUUAAUAUCUUCUACCCGUUUAUUCUAAUAAUAUCUCACUGGGCGUGCAAGUGCUCCCAAUAUAGGCAGAUUUGACUGGUUAA